GAAAUUCUGUUCUAUCUUCAACUAUCUAGCUAUAGGAUAUAACGUUAAUGAUCAUAUGCGGUUUGUACGGGCAAGAUCUAACUUGUUCUUAGGUUAUUUUUGCUUGGAUGUCGGCAAAAUAUUGUUUAUUCGAUUAGAAUAACGAUCGCUCAUCGUCAUGGAAAAAUCACAAAAAAUGCCCAAAGUGGCUAAGGUAAAAAACAAAGCACCAGCGGAAAUUCAAAUCACAGCAGAACAAUUGUUGAGAGAAGCAAAGGAAAGAGAUUUGGAAAUUUUACCUCCACCACCUAAGCAAAAAAUAUCAGAUCCUCAUGAAUUGGCCGAUUAUCAACAUCGAAAACGAAAGAUCUAUGAAGAUAAUAUACGUAAGAAUCGUAUGGUUAUAACGAAUUGGAUAAAAUAUGCCCAAUGGGAAGAAAGUCAGAAACAAAUACAGAGAGCAAGUCCAAUUUAUUUUAGAUCUAUAUAUGAACGUGCGUUGGACGUUGAUCACAGAAACAUUACAUUAUGGUUGAAGUACACCGAAAUGGAAAUGCGUAAUAGGCAAAUAAAUCAUGCCAGAAAUUUAUGGGAUCGUGCAGUCACUAUUUUACCUAGAGCUAAUCAAUUUUGGUACAAAUACACAUACAUGGAAGAAAUGCUCGAAAAUAUUGCCGGAGCACGUCAAGUUUUUGAGCGAUGGAUGGAAUGGGAACCUGACGAACAGGCAUGGCAAACAUAUAUUAAAUUUGAAUUACGAUAUAAAGAAAUACAAAGAGCAAGGGAGAUAUAUGAACGUUUUGUAAUGGUCCAUCCUGAUGUUAAACAUUGGAUAAAGUAUGCACGUUUUGAAGAAUCUCAUGGAUUCAUAAAUGGAGCGCGCAAAGUUUAUGAACGUGCUGUAAACUUCUUCGGAGAUGAGAGCUUAGAUGAAAGACUAUUUAUAGCAUUUGCAAGAUUUGAAGAAGGACAGAGAGAACAUGAUAGAGCAAGAAUAAUUUAUAAGUAUGCUUUGGACAAUAUUUCAAAAGAAAGAACAGAAGAAAUAUAUAAAGCAUAUACCAUACACGAAAAGAAGUAUGGAGAUCGUUCGGGAAUUGAAGAUGUUAUAGUUAGUAAAAGAAAAUAUCAAUAUGAACAAGAAGUCAAGGAAAAUCCUUCUAACUAUGAUGCUUGGUUCGAUUAUUUGAGAUUAGUAGAAUCUGAAGGAAAUCCCGAUGUUGUCAGAGAAACGUAUGAACGAGCUAUAGCAAAUGUCCCUCCUACUAAGGAGAAGCAAUAUUGGAGACGAUAUAUCUAUCUAUGGAUAAAUUACGCGUUGUACGAAGAACUUGACACGGAAGAUAUUGAUAGAUGUCGUCAAGUUUACAGAACCUGUUUAGAACUCAUUCCACAUAAACACUUCACUUUUUCUAAAAUAUGGCUAUUUUAUGCAUUUUUCGAAAUACGACAAAAGAAUUUGACUGUAGCAAGAAAAACAUUGGGUAUGGCAUUGGGUGUUUGUCCAAGAGAUAAAUUGUACCGUGGUUACAUUGAUUUAGAGAUACAACUUAGAGAAUUUGAUAGAUGCAGGAUUCUCUAUGAAAAAUUUCUUGAAUUUGGACCUGAAAACUGCACAACAUGGAUGAAAUUUGCAGAAUUAGAAACUUUAUUAGGAGACAUUGACCGUGCUAGAGCUAUUUAUGAAUUAGCUGUGUCUCAGCCAAGAUUGGAUAUGCCUGAACUUUUAUGGAAGUCAUAUAUAGAUUUUGAAAUAUCUCAGGAUGAAAUAGAAAACGCUAGGCAACUAUUUGAGAGAUUAUUAGAACGAACUCUUCAUGUCAAAGUUUGGAUAGCUUAUGCUAAAUUUGAAUUAGCUAAUUCUCCAUCAGAGGUUGAUGUUGAUAAUGUUACUUUAGCUCGCAGAAUUUUUGAACGUGGGAAUGAUGCAUUACGUUCAAACGGUGACAAAGAAAGUAGAGUAUUACUUUUGGAAGGAUGGAGAGAUUUCGAAAAUGAGAAAGGAGACGAAGAGAGUCAGACUAAAAUUAUUGCCAAAAUGCCUCGAAGAAUUAAACGAAGAAGACGCAUUGUCGGAGAAGAUGGAAAUGAUGGAUGGGAAGAAGUAUUCGACUUUGUAUUUCCAGAAGACGAAUCUCAAAGACCAAAUCUUAAAUUCUUGGCAUCAGCGAAAGCGUGGAUGAAACAAAAAAUUUCCAGUGAAACUGUUCAAAAUGAAAAUAAACAAUUAGAAUCGGACAAUUGAAAAUAAUCUAUAUCUUUUAUAUUAUUGCAAUAUUUAAAUUCUGUAAAAUAAAUAAGUAUUAG